AUGGCAUAUGAUCGAUACGUCGCCAUCUGCCAACCAUUGUACUAUGAGACUGUGAAGAAUAGGAGAGCUUGUGUCAAAACGGCAGCCAGUACCUGGAUCAGUGUUAUUCUCUACUCUGCAGUGCACGCUGUAAACACAUUUGCAAUAUCCUUCUGUGGAGGCAAUAUGGUGGAUCAGUUCUUCUGUGAAAUCCCCCAGCUCCUCAAACUCGCCUGCUCUGGUUCAGACCUCAGUGAACUUGGGUUUCUCAUCUUUAGUUUAUUCUUAUGCUUAAGCUGCUUUGUUUUCAUAAUUGUGUCAUAUGUUCAGAUCUUCACCACAGUGGUGAGAAUGCCCUCUGAGCAGGGCCGGCAUAAAGCCUUCUCCACCUGCCUUCCUCACCUCAUUGUAGUUUCCUUGUUAUUUUUCACUUCCGCUUUUGAGUAUCUGAAACCCAUCUCCAGCCCUCCAUCGGUUCUGAAUCUCUUGGAGGCCAUUCUCUAUUCUGUGUUGCCACCACUGAUGAAUCCGAUCAUCUACAGCAUGAGGAACAAGGAGCUCAAAGGCGCACUGAGUAAACUGAUAGGUUGGAGUCUCUGGGUUACCCUGGGCACCUGGGACCCCUGCAACGAGAGUGUGAUGUGGACUAGUGGGAUCCGUCAACGCUACGCUCGGCUCAUGCGGCGCCUCGUGGUCUCAGACACCAUCCGAUGGUCCAGCAACAUCUACAUCGAGCACAUCACUGGCCACCAACAGUGCCAGGAGGCAUGA